AUGGAGCCAUACACAGGCCAUCAACCACCACUUCUACAGCUGCUGCAACCCCACAAACCGAAGACUUUCAAGGCUAAAACCCAAACCAACUUCAACCUCAUCUUCCCUUUCAACAUCCCCCUCACACCGGAGGCCGCUGCUGUUCGAAUCAUCCGAAACUUGGGCUAUUUCAGAUUGUACUACACAAUGUUUAUCUGGGUGAUACUCUUCAUCACCCUCGUGCCAAAGCGGAAACUUUCGUUAGUCCUCUUGGUUGUGAUGACAGUCGUGGCGUCUCUGUACUUGCAGCUGCUACGUGCACUGCCCGAUUCUAUCGUGCUUCAUCGGAUUAUUGACAAGCGAUUCGAUUUAUCCUUGAUGACCGCCCUCACGCGUUUUUUGUGA